CUUCUGGUGAGCACGAGACAUCUUCCGGUAGUUUGGAAGCAGUCUUGCUAGACCGAAACACGAAGAUUGGAGAUGUCGUUGAGCUUUUUCAUAAUUUCUCAUAUGCAAAAGUUUUCAAUACAACGAAAGCCGCGGACACACUUUCAGUCUAUUUUGAAAGACUGCUCUCCGACGUAGAGUCUAUGUCACCGGCAGAUGUGGGACUCGCACUUGCGGCGUUUCGGAAUUUUACUGACCACGCCUUGGAAAUGCGAAGGAAUACCUCUAGACACAAAAAACGAAUAGGAGAAAAUGACCCUCUCCGUGUGAUUCUUCGUUUGCCGUAUCAAGCCUUUAUCGAAAAGACGCUUUCCCUGGAAAAGUUUGCAGUGAAAAACUGGACAAGAGUUGGCCUUGUUGGCGUGAGGCAAGAAAGGCGGGAAGACCUUAUAUCUUCCGCUACCAAAGUAAAUGCUAAAGAAGUCGUGCAAUUGAUGGGUGCUUUGCCUCCGGCUGAAGUUUUGUCACGUGAUACUGC